AUCUCGCAGUGGCUGUCAAAAAUACUGUUGGUUACUUCAUAGGAAUUUUCAUGUAACUGAUUGAAAAUUAUUAAGUAUUUUUUAAUUAAAAAUUACAAAACGACAUGCUAUAUUUACGUAAAACCCAAGAGUUGGCCAUAAAACAUGUAGCAGCACGUUUAUUGGCCGGUGGAAAUCGUAACUAUAGCAAAGAUUAUGCCUCUUCAGACGACGAAAAGGAACAUAAAAAAUCGGCAGCAAAGAAAGAAAAAGCCGGUCAGGAAGCCAGCAGUCCAAAUGAGGAAUCUGCUUCGGCCAAGUUAAAUCGUUUGUUGGCGUCCAUGCAAACGGCUGAUGAUCAAAUAAAUUUUGCCAAACGUUCCGAUGUGGUUACUAAGCCGGGUGAGGCUAAUAAGCGGAAAAAGUUUCAACAAAAACAAGAAGUAGAGUCGAAAGACAUUUUUGCAGCUGCCAAAAAAGUAGCUUCAAUGUUGGGUGAUGAAAAGCAGCAACAACAGCAAACUGAAUCGGAAUUGUUGGCCAGAUUAUUGGGAGGUAAACCGACAACAAGCUCUUCAACAACAGACGAACAAAAAUCAGCAGCGUCGUCCUCUACAGAAAACGAUAUUAGCUUAAGUGAACUUAUUGUGGGCAUGAAAAUCGACCGUCGCCAGCCACAAAAGGAACCCACUUCCACACGAAGUGAUUUUGUUAGGGGCAGCAUGGCAUCGAAAAGCAAACAACAAUAUAAUAAAAACCAACAAAACUACUGGAAGGAUAGAGGUUCGGCACAACGCAAACGUGAAGCUGAAGUUUAUACGGGAAGUGUAAAUCUUUUUGGUGGCGAACCAUUAGGCAUCUUUACAGAUCCCUCAACCUUGAAGGUUUCUACAGAUUUGUUGCCUACUUGGUCAUAUCUACAACAGCAAGCUCUUAAGGUCCAGGUUUCCCAUCCACCUUCGAAUUAUUUCGACAAACUAGCCAACUGGACGGAACAGGGUAAAAUCUGGCGUUUUCCCAUAGACAACGAGCAAGAUUGGUUGGACGAAAAGGAUGUUGAUUUUUCGGAGCAUAUAUUUUUGGAACAACAUUUGGAAGGUUGGUGUCCCAACCGUGGCCCUGUACGACACUUUAUGGAGUUAGUAUGCGUGGGUUUAUCCAAGAAUCCCUAUAUUACUGCUAAGGAGAAAAAAGAUCACAUUAUGUGGUAUAGAGAAUAUUUCGAAUCCAAAAAGGAUAUUUUAAGGGAAUUAAUGGAUAAAGAUCCUAAAGUUGCGAAAAAUGUUGCUGGUCAGCAACAAAAACAAGUUGAAGCUUAGUGCAAAAUAAGAGAAGCAUUUCCAGUAAAAUGUUAAUAAUUGUUAAAAGUUGGAUAAUAAACUAAUUGAUAAAAAUAGUUGAAAAAUUAAAAA